GAUUUCUCGCCUCCACUCGUUUGUGGGGGUGAUCCAGUCGCGCGCUCCUCCUUCCACGCGCCAAAACCCCAGCCACCACCACCAUCUCCCGUCCCGUUCCCACCAAAAUCUCCCCCUCCGAUUUCGCGCGGCUGCGGUGGUGGUGCGUGUGCUGCUGCCACUGACGUUGCGGCGGGAGAGCGCGAUCGAUGUCUGUGCAGUGCGCGGUCCGGCCGCUCGCGGCGCUCCCGGCGGCGGCGGGCACGUCGCGCUCGCGCCGCGUUGGCGGGGCGAGCCAUGUCGCUGUUGCUGCCGUGCCGUCUUCGCCCCGCCGGCCGAGGCGCGCUGCCUCCGUCGCGCCGGUCAGGGCGGCCGAGUCGUCCCCGCCGGCCGCGGCGCCCGCGCCGCCGUCGUCCGGGGCCGCGGCCGGGAAGGCCGUCGUCCCCGACGAGGAGUUCACCCUCGCCAAGGUUUCGUUCGGUGUGAUUGGGCUAGGUGUCGGUGGCACCCUCUUGUCGUAUGGAUUCGGGGCGUAUUUCAACCUGCUUCCUGGUUCGGAGUGGUCUGCACUUAUGCUAACAUAUGGUUUUCCACUCACCAUCAUCGGCAUGGCAUUGAAGUAUGCUGAACUGAAACCGGUGCCUUGCACAACCUACGCCGAUGCUUUUGCUCUAAGAGAAAAGUGUGCUACCCCUAUCCUCAAUCAGGUCAGGAGUGAUGUUACACGUUACAGAUACGGUGAUGAGCAGCACCUGGAUGAAGCACUGAAGAGGAUCUUUCAAUAUGGUUUGGGUGGUGGAAUUCCAAGGCGUAGUGCACCUAUUUUACAAAACAUUCGGGAAGAAGUAACUGAUGAUGGGAAGUACAGUUUAGUACUUGUAUUUGAAGCCAAAGCAUUGGAGAUAUCCGAUUUUGAGAAGAGACAGGCCAAAUUCACAUCCUUUUUUGGUCCUGGGAUUAAGGCAGAAAUUGGAAAAGGUGGUGAUGAUCUAUAUGAAGUUCGUCUUAUCUCAGAAACUACUUAGGAAACACACAGGACUCGCAGUUUCCUUUUCUGCUAAUAUACCAGAAAAAUGUUUUUUUCCCUUGUUCCACUAAUUUGUGUAUAUGAUGUUAGUAUUCUCAGAGUUCUGCCAUUAUAUGCAUCAUGGCUGCUUUUCUGUCUACUGGUUAUAGUCUGUGUGACGGAGAAAUAGCAUUUUUCAUGUGCUUUUGUGCACAUGCACAAAUGAAAAUGUGGCUGUAAUAUGCAUGUAAAUUGACUGGAUUCACAGAGUUCUCCAUACGUAGUAAAAUAGUAGCUGACAUUAUUUUGGAAA